GAAAGUCCGUUAGAUUCUAUUUUGAAGUUAUUUAUAUAAAUUAGUUGGCCAGUUAUCGAAAUAUUAAUAUAGUCACAAAAAAUGCAUCGCAUACCACUUUUGCUACCUGCGCCUUCAGUAUCCUGGAAUCGCAGCGAACCAGACUAUUUGUUGUUUGAAAAUACAGUAAAUGCUUGUAAUAUUGAAGAGAGUGAUGAGUUUUUGUCUAUCUUGGAUCGUGAAGCAAAUGAGUUCUUUGACCGCAAUCAUUCGUUAGCAGCGGAUCAGGUUGCGUUUGCCAGUGAUAUGAUUCAUAGUGGUAAUUUGUUAGGGGCAAUACGGAUACUCAAUAACAUUAUAUUGCGUUUGCCAAAAGAUUGUGAUUCCCUUUCACAAGCCUUAAAAAUUCGAGGCGACUUGAAUCUUCAACGGUACCACUUACAGAGUGCUGUAGAUGACUAUACAAUGUUUCUAUAUUUGAAUACACGGGACGAUAGUUAUGAAGAGUUGUAUGAAUUGCAUGGAAAUCUUACUGUAUGUUAUUAUUUGAUGAGGCAAUUUGAUAGAGCAAGGAUACAUUUGCGUCAUUUUAAGAAAUAUAAAGAUAAAUUACCAAAGGAAACUUUGACGAAGACGAAAAUAGAGAAAAUAGGCAACCACAUAGCUUAUUUUGAACCUGAUUUGCAUGAUUCUGAGAACUUUGGUCCUAAGUGUGGACAUACUGUGCUGCAAGAUGUACCAUUUCAAGGAUUUAAUAAAAAUGCAGACAUAAAGCAAAUGUCUUCGGCGUGUUAUAUAAAAACUAAUCAAAAGGAAAAGAAAGUGGAAGGAGUUUUCGUGAAUACUGAUUUACUGGAAGAAAGCGUCGUUUUGAUUGAAAAACCAAUAAGUGUAAAUGUAAAUGCCCCAUUAGUUCAAUGCGAACUAUGUUUGCAUAGAAGUGACAAAGUGUAUACCUGCUUGGAUUGCCGCUAUAAAACUUAUUGCUCCCUUCAUUGCAUUAAAAAAGACAGAGAUAUUCAUCAGUACGAAUGCUCUGCAUAUAAGAAUCUGAUAUUAUUUAUAUUAGAUGCAAAAGAUCUCUAUCGUUUAUUUAUAAAAGUGUCGAGCCAUCUACAUGAGCAUGUAUUCUCUCGAAAAGUAUUUCGGAAAUUAUCAUCUGUGGAAACUGUUUUGGGAAAAAUUGAAAAGAGCGCUGUCAAAGAGGACUCUGAAUUCGGUUCAAUAGUUAAUUUGUUGCGUGUCAAACCGAGUUAUACAAAAUUAAGUGAAAUGCAGUAUUCUACUCUAGUAGUAACGGCUUUCCGUUUAGCACUUUUUAUUAUUAGGAAAACGAACCUGGUCGAUACUUUUUACAAGAAACUUCGUAUAGUACCAACGCACAGAAUGAUACUGAUUGGUGUCAUAUUGAUGCGGCUUCAUUGCCAUUUACUUCUAAACACGUUCGAUUUUGAAUAUCUUAUUCCAUUGUUAACGGAUAAACCCAAAUAUGAGACAGUUUAUGAUCAAAUUGCUGAAUGGACAAGCCUAUUAAAUCCAGUACGAGAACCGAAUCCAGAGGACAUAAAUGCAUAUUUCAAUACAGCAGAAGCCGAAGUAGUUGACCUAUCAAUGCGAUAUUUGCAGCUCCAGUCAAGGGAUCAAAACGAACUUUCUGUUGACUCGAUUCCAGUUCUGGAACACACUCAGUUAUGUAAUUCGAUCGAACGACCGGUUUCUGUCUUUAAAGAUAAAUUAGCAGAACUCUACUUUAACACGGAUAAAUUCAAGUUUUUAAUCUAUGGCGGGAUGGCUGCUGUUCCAAAUUCUGGCCGUUCAAUUUGCGAAUCCAUAGCAAAAAUGCCCAUUACGGAACGGAGUAAAUUGGUACAAAAGUUUGUUCAUAAUUUUCACGCACAUUUCAUGGACUACUUUUUACAAACGAGUAUAACCUGUAAUCAGAUACAUCAAGUACUAUCAUUGCCGUGCCCCACUUUGCGUAAAUUCAAGCAUUCAUGCGCUCCAAAUGUUGAUAUUGUUAUUCUGGAUAAUGGAAUGGUUAUGGGAAGGACUAUGCGAUAUAUAAAAAAAGACGAAGAGCUCUUUGUCUCUUACAAAGCACAUUAUAUGCGACACACCCGAGAAGAAAGACACAUAUUUUUGAAGCAAAUUAAUAUCGACUGUCAAUGUGAAGUUUGCCAAAAUGUUGUAGAAACCGAACCCACUAAUGCUAGAUCCGGAAUUUACUGCGAAAAGUGUACUGGAUUUGAAAUUACAUCAAGUCAAGGAGAAUGUACGAAUUGUGGAAUAAAUUUUGAUAGUCUAUCAUUAAAAUAUCGAACCGAAAUUGCGACAUUGGAGUGUACAAUCAAAAAUCUAAUGAAUCCAGAAUCCGAUGAGCGGAAAUUGUAUUUGUUGAGUACAAUAAUGUAUAUGCGUGUCAAGCAGAAUUUCGUUCCCUCACAUGAAACUCGCAUUAAAGCGGAGCUGCAGUAUGCAAAAUACCUGGCACUAAAAAAUUUUUCUCAAUCUGCAUAUAAUAUUUUGAUGGAGGUGAAAGCGAAUAUCGCUCAAAAUUAUAGUGAAGAUGCGCUGUGGCUUUUCUUUUACACUGAGAUGCUUCUAGUUAUCAAAAUCAUUUUGUAUUACAAUAUAGAAGAGAACGUCAACCCAAUGCCAAUUACAUAUAUAGAAGAAUUGUGUGAAUUUGGAAUAUACAUAAUUAAUGAGCAGAACAAUCACAGACGUCUAUUAAAAACAAAGAUUUGUGAACGCUCAGAAAUAUUCGAGGAGAUGUAUUUAUUUUUAAAAUGGCAAGAGAAACUUCAUCAUUAUACUUCAUUGUUUAAUUCACAUACCUUCGAUGGAAACAGAUGUACGGAAAGCAAAGAAGAAGAAUUACCCGCUUUACUGAAAGUCAUACAGUAAAAUUUAUGCAAUGUACUUAAUUUAAGUUGAACCUUCUGAAAGUGGUUUAACUCCUUUUUAAAUUUAUUGCGUUUUUGUAUUACAUAUUCUUAUUAUUUUGAUGUAAAAGCGAAAAAUUUGCAGCGAAAUUAGACAAACUGGAAAUUGCUUAUACGAAUAUGCAGAAACUUGUUAAAAUAGUGGGGUUUGCCACUUAAGUAAGGAACAAAAUUUUAGUCUAAGACAAAUUCUUUUGUUUAAGUAAAUGAAAUACAAAGUGUUUAAGUUUCUCAGUUUUUGUUUCAACGUUUUAAUAUGUGCAUGGUAUAAAUUCACGUUAUUUUUUAUGUAUUUCACAGUGUCUGUUCGCACUGUGUUGUAUUUAUUAAUUUGAUGUUUGUAUAUAUUUAAUGUUGGUAAUACCUGUAACUCAAAGACAAAGAAUGUAUGUAUGUUCUUAUUUCGUACAACUGCUAUAUUUUCGAAAUAUAAUUAUAUAAUAUUCACUAGGCUCAAUGUUUGAGUUCUAUUACUUCAUUGAAUAAAAACUGCAGGAUGCAUAAUAA